AUGGGACAAGUACAGCCUAUUCAUUAUGAUCCGGCUACAGUUAAGCAAUUAACAAAGGAGAUCCUCAUAGCAUCGGGUAUUGGUGCUUUGAAGGGUGCGACUGUGGGUAUAGUAACAGGUCUUCUAUUGAGGAGAUUUUCUACCACGUAUCGUAACGUGCGUACGCAAGUGCGUGUUUUCUACCACUGCUCGUGGAUUUCUAUGGGUAUUGUCUUUAACGCUGAUAAACAAUUGAUCAGAUUCCAGGACAGAUAUUAUGCGGAAGAGCUAAAGAGAAGAGAAAGAAUAUUGGAUGAGGCUGCUGAAAGAGGAAUCUUCUUAGAGGAAGAAGCAGUAUCUCUGAGUACCACGAAGCAACCAUGA